AUGGUAGAUACUACACUGCAGAACUUUCUGACGCACAGCACCUACGAGGGGGCGUGGAUCAAAAAGGUGCAUGCGAUGGACGGAUUUGGAACCUAUCGGUUUCCAGACGGCAGCGAAUAUCGGGGCUACUUUCGGCGCGGCAGAUUCCAUGGCUUUGGACAACUGAAGAUGGCGGCACAGAAAUUCACCAUGAAGGGUGAAUUUUUCGAGGGCAAGCUGAAGAAGAUUGCGGAUAUGUGGUUCGAGGAUGGUCUACACCUGAACGGCAAGCUCGAGAAUGGAGACCUCAACUGCGAAGACUGGCAAUAUCUCUCGCCCUACGAUCGACGCUAUCAGAACGAGUUAAAGUAUGGCCAACAGCCGGUGGGCCCUACCUUGUUUUUGACCGGAAAUCCGUUGACGCGGCCUCUCGACAAGCACAGCUACGAUGCGGAGGAGGGCAUCUUCCAUUCGAAGACGGGUUGGCUUAUCAAUCGCACGCCGCCGUUUGAUAAAAGCUUCUAUGUCUCUUGCGCUGAGGAUAAGACAUGGAUUAAGCGUCAUUGUCGCGUGGGGCGAGGUCCAGCGGUAACUGCUAAAGAGCCUUCAUCAAGGUUCUGUCGUCAGAUUAUCGAAAACAAUUUAGAUAAAGAAAAUGAUCAGCUGGAUGGAACUUUCAUUUAUUCUCCAGGCGAUAGAUUACCAGAUCGCAAGCGUAUGCUCCAUAAGUUGGAUGACUGCUUCAAUGAGCUCUCUCCAGGCGACGACGAUGCCUCUGAGACUCUCUGUGACGUCAUUGGUGGCGGAAGAAGCUGCGAUACUGACAGCCUAACCCAGACUUCGCUCAGCGACGACGUGAAAACUUACCAACAGCUUGAGAAGCGCAAAGACGACACUUUCAGCGUCAACUUGGGAGUGGUCCAAAGUAACUUAACACGUCCUGACACCCUUUUUGUGGAAACUCAACGAUCUGUUUUUCAAUUGUAA